AUGGAAUUCACUGCCGCCGACUUCGAUAGGCUUCUCAUGUUCGAGCAUGCUCGCAAAUCUAGUGAAGCUCAGUACAUUAACGAUCCGCUUGAUUCCGAGAAUCUGGUGAAGUGGGGUGGAGCAUUGCUUGAACUUUCUCAGUUCCAAAGUAUUCCUGAUGCGAAGCAGAUGUUAAAUGAUGCCAUUGCCAAGUUGGAAGAGGCAUUGACAUUAAAUCCAGGGAAGCAUCAGGCUCUCUGGUGUCUUGGGAACGCCUACACUUCCCAAGCAUUUCUUAUUUCAGAUUCUGAUGUAGCAAAGGGACACUUUGAUAAAGCCGCUGAAUAUUACCAAAGAGCUGAAAACGAGGAUCCAGGCAAUGAGAUAUACCGCAAGUCCUUGGAAGUCGCAGCAAAGGCCCCGGAACUGCAUAUGGAGAUACAUAAGCAUGGAAUGGGACAGCAACCACUAGGUGGAGGAGGAGGUCCUUCAGCUUCAUCGAAUGCUAGCAGUGGUAGGAAGAAGAAGAACAAUGACUUCACAUAUGAUGUAUGCGGUUGGAUAAUUCUUGCUUUUGGGAUUGUUGCUUGGGUUCGCAUGGCAAAAUCCCUUGGCCCUCCACCUCCAGCAAGAUGA